AUGGGGCUGACCGACGAACUAUGUAGAGCUGUGGUUGGGGCGCUUACUGUGAUAGAAGGAGGUAAGGAGAUGGCGAAGAAGGUGAAUCCACUCUUGAGGACAUCAUUCUGCAAUCCACGCCUAGAUGCCGAAGUAUCCAAGCACCGAAACCAUCUUCUCAAAGUACCAUUCUGUGUCUGCGUCCCCGUUGACCCGAACCGCAUGGAAAAUUUCGACCCCAAUGCAGUUCCCACAGUUAUGCAGCUCCUUCAAGAGCUUGACAAGGCAGGCGAGGGUGCAAACUGGGAGCAUACAAGUCUCAAGCCGUACGUCGACAUGCUAGACAGACACGUUAUGGGAAUUCUGGAUGAUGUCCGAAGGAGAGAACGGGCAAAAGCUGUGCUUCAACACACAAUUAAUUCGAUUUCGAGUCUUCCACUCGACGACAAGCAAAUGGACACUUGGAAGGCAGCCAGAACUCACGAUCACGUGAUGUACGGUUGCGCGGUUAAACGGUCCUGCUUCCUGCCGCACGCAGAAAGAUCGACUUGGAAGGAUUCAGUGAUUAAUUGCACGUGCCCACGUCGUGCCAUGGGUCCAAGCAUGUUCACUGAUGUCCAACCUUGGGACUCGACAUUGGCCGCCUAUCGCGACCAGGAAGCAUCCCCAACCACUAACGACACUCUUGAUUUUCAUCACGAGAACCUUGGUUUUCCUCUGGCCAAUUUCCCCCCAACCUCCCUGAUCAGCACUAUCAGGCCUCAGAUCCCGCCUGCAUUCGCUGAGGCAUGGGAGUCUCAUGAAGACGAUCUUACUCCAGGAGCUUUCCUUGAGGCAUGGCACCCCACAUUCUCUGAUCACCAUGAUCCCGUUGAUUCCAGUCACGGAUCGCCGAACUUGUCUCAACUUCCCGUGCCAUCGUCCAGCGCCACCUUACUCAACCAUCACUUACCCGCUAGAACUCCUGAGACAGCCAACGCGGACUCGGCCCAACCCCACGCACCGCUCGGUACCAUCUACUUACCACCUCCAUCGGAUAUCGUCGAUGACGAAAUACGUCAAUCUCACGCUCCCCUCAUGUCUGUUCGCCUCCGCAGGGCACGAUCCAGCGGGACAACUCGCUCAAGGACCUCGCGUAUGUCCAGACGGACAGGAAUAGAAAGGGGAGAAGCCGCAAGGCAACUCAACACUCAGCUUCUCACAACGACGCCCGUGCAACCGACUCUUAGUGUAGUACCGUUCAACACCACGUCAGUCGCGUCGCAGGCGAAAGACACGAUGAAAUCACUACUCUUACGGUCGUCCUUGUUUCCCGCAAAAGAUGACAUCGCCGCCAAGGCGACGACUGCAUGGACCACUACCGUCGAGAGCCAACCAGUUGAAUUCCGGGAUCUCGCAAGAAACGCUGCUGCUGCCGGAGAAAAGAAGCUCGUCAAUUUAGUUGAAAGUAUGCGUAACGAUUUGAAAGAAGUAGGACGACAUUUCGUAUAUUUCAAGUACGAUUUGGGCGGCGCCGUUUUGGCGACGGAGAUCCUCACGGCCGUUGAAGUCCGUGCGCAUCAAACCAUUGACCUCAUCACCGAUGAGAAGUUCCUCGAUGUUACCGUUAACAUUAAUGGGGACUUCGUCACCGUCCCAUUCGGCAGCACCCCCGUUUUGCAGUUUAUCAUGUACAUCACCUACGACAGCAAAUUCGGGUACGAUCGAUACCUCGGGAAAGGCGUCCCCAUGACCCGCGACAAGUUGCGACCGCUGUUCUUGAUGACAGGCACUAUAUUCCGGUGGGCGCUGGGGGAGCGCUCCAGUGGCAUCUUUACUGCCAGCGAUUUUGUUGUGGAUGACUGGCAGGCAUAUCACACAGGUUUGGAGAAGCGCUUCGACAAUAUGAGCCUGGCGCAGCAGGGAGCGCUUGACAUAUUAAUUGCAAAGCACGUCGUCUGCCCUGUUGUGGAGAACUGGCAUGCUUGCCAGAUAGACGCCUACCAAACGUUUACCAUCACCAUGACAGUCUCUCUUCAAGCUUCAAGUCAUGCACGUGUUUUCGAUCCUGUGUCUCUAAUACUGAACCCCAGUGAAAGUCCGACAUCAUGGGCCAUUUCCACGGAGGUCGACGGAUUUCCUUACAGCGCAUGCUCAAUACUGCAAGAAUCCAAGCUUGUGCAAUUCAACUGUCAACAUGUUCAAUUGAAGGUCCUGCAUUAUUACUAUUGUCGACUGACUUACUCGUCGCCCGCCUACCUUGAAUUCUCUCAUACCUUUCUUCCUCAUCACGACGACUCAAAUGAUGGCGCAUAUAACCACUCCGAGUCAUUCAACUCAAUCUUCUAGUACCUGACAUGUCUCGUGCCACACCAGUACAUUCGUUUUCAGUACUGCUACUCUGAUUCACUGAUCUGUUAUCAGCCUAGGUUUUGGAUCAAGAGGACUUCUGCUCGUUAUGGUUCGGGCACCAAUAAAUACCACGAAUGCUGUCAAGCGGUAUCAUUUUCAUUCAUUUCAUCGUGCUCUAUUCUUAUUGUUACAGAACUAUGACAUUGAAGCUUCGAAUCUGGUUACUGACCGCAUGUCGUCCGCAAAUACGGUCAAAGUCCCUGCAAAGUUCUCUAGCGGCACGUUUCAUUAGCCGGGCACCGGGGUAGGACAAUCCUAGAGGGAGGAGCUAGCGCGAAUGAGCGCGGGUAGAUUUUAUUCCCAUGUUUUGUAUUGUAUGUCAUGUUGCAAUGCAUCGAUUUCCGUAUA